ACUGUUCGUUAGGCUCACUUUGAAAGUUGAGCUUUGUGCAAAUUUGCACAUGUGUGGUUUCCUAGUUUGUAAAGUGGGUGCUUUGGAAAAAAUUGAAUUUUGCCUGAUAAUCGAUAAAAUGGCUGGCGCACCAACUUCUGGUUAUAAUUUGCGCAGCAGCCGAGCGGGUGUGCGAGCACUAGACGCUUCUUCUGAUGAAGAUGAAAAUGAUGGCAGCGACUCGGAAGGAGAUGAGGACGAAUUUCUUGUCUCUGACAUUGAAAAUAUUGAGCAGGAAUCGAAUGAUCAAUUUAUCAAAGAGCAACUCAUACUGCAUCGUGAUGCAGUAUGCGGUGGAUUUUUGCGGAAUAUGGUGUAGAAUUACUUACUUUCAGCUCUGAAUCAAUAUUUUAUACUAAUAUUUUACAAUUAUAAAUGUUUAAACAAUAGAAAAUAUUAUUAUUUAUUAAUUAUCAGAUUUUUUAAUGUGUUUUGGCUUCUAGAUUAAAUAUUGACUGGUUUUGUUAUGCUUUAAAAAUACCUUAUUUUCAGACAGCCAUAUAAAAUAUUUGUAUUUAAUUUAAUGUGUAGUUGGGAAUUUUCCUUGAAGAUAUUUAAUUUUAUCUUU